AUGGCAAUCAUUCGUUCUCCGGCAAUCCGUCGCAUCAUCUCAGGUGCGCCCCCUUAUCUGCGAGCUUCGCAAAAAAGAUGGGCACAAGUUCAUGAUGUCCGGUUCUUGGCCACUCAGCAAUCAGACAGAGUGUUGGAAAAGUACAAGGAGAAGCUUGAACAGAAAGCAAAAGAGGAAGGUCUGCGAGACGCCAAUGAACUGAAAGAAGUCUACAAAUCCAAAAUCGAAGAGCUGAAAAAGAAAGCCACUGUUGCUAUUCCUACUCCUACGAAUGCCCCUCCCACCCCACCACCAUCCCCGACCACUUCGUCACCUUUUCCUGCACCUCCACCACCGCCUCAAACUCCGCCCGAGAAUGCGCCCUCUUCAACUCCUGGGCUGAAGACUUUGUCCUCAUACCUUGAUCUCGAGAAGGUCCGCGAUUUAUCACAAGAGAAGAUUGAGGCACUCUGGCGAUACCGACAUGCCAGCGAUCCCAGGUCAUUGUGCGCAGUUAUACCCCUAGAUACAUAUAAAACGAUUGAGAAGACCGCCAAGAAAUUCCCUCACUUCAUUCUCCCACUUCCAAAGGAGGGACAAGGUGCUGAAAUUCAUUUCUUACAAUGGACUUUCCCAGCUGAGAAUACCGUCACUGUCCUAUUCACACAUCUUGCGGAAUACAAAUUGAGAGGAGAAUACAGUCAAGCGCAUACUACAAUCACACAUCAUUUAGAGCUAGAGAAAGAGAAAGGCUUGGUGUUGUUACAGGGUCAGGUUGUUGAAGGAAGAGGUGUGAGCGUGGAUGAAGCGAAAUGGUUGAUUAUGUGUUUGCAGAAGUUUUAUGGUCCGGUUGGGGAAAAGAGUGAUAGACGUCGACUAUUAGAGAUGUUUGGAAGAGGUGAUCCGGCUUUCAAGGUCGAGGAUUUGGUCGAGGAGGCCGAGAAGAUUAUAUAG